UAUACACAAGUGUAACUGUCUCGUGUAACAAGAGCUUGAGUAGUGGUCAGCGAGUGGUCAGCUCUCUGAGAUACAAUGUAAGUCAAGUCGAGAUACGCAUAAGUACCAGUGCCAUGCUGUCUCCAGCGGUCAGUGCUGUGUAGUGUGGGGGUCCCGAGCAGAGGAAAGUUCUAGAACUGAAUCUUCGUUCCUUCUUGUUUGCUUUGGAUGUGUUGGUUUUAUAUGGAUUGAAGAGUUUGGAUAUAUGACCCAGGGCAAGUGACGCCCUAUUGCGAGUGACGCCCUAUUGCGAGUAUGUUGAUAGGGAGCGCCCCUCAACUUCUGGACACUGACAGAAGGAUCAUGACAAUCCCCGGGAGCCCUCAACAGUGGCCGGACUUUCUGUCUCCGGACUGCGGCAACACGUUAAACUGUGCCGGCAACAUGGCCGGAACCGGCUUCGUGCACGGCUACUCCCAACGUCACCAUCACCACCACCACCACAACAGCCACCAAACACAGCCGCAGCACCAUCCGACGUUACUCAACUACGGACACCAUCAGCCGUUGUUGGCGAACCAUCACCGGCAGUACCAGCCGCACCAUCACCAUCAGCAGCAGCAGCAGCAACAACAACCGUCUCAUCAUGAUUGUAUGUCAAAUGUUCAUGUUAAUAAUAGAACUAAUCUUUCUUUGUUAUCUGGAUCUCGUAAUGAACAACUGUCCACCACAAAUGGGGUACCGCCCCUCACCCCCGGCACGACGCAGCAGAUGUCCCACGUGAUUGUGGAGCAGUUAAAAACCUUCGAGGAGCACCGACGACAAUGUAACAUUCCUAAAGACCUGAUGCAGUGGUCCCAAGCUCAUGUUCUACUCUGGCUCCAGUGGUUCUCACAAGACUUCUCACUAGAGGGGAUCCAGAUGAACAACUUCAACAUGGAGGGCCAGGAGUUGUGUUCCAUGGCCAAGAAGGAGUUCCUGGAGAGGUUGCCUCCCUUUGUAGGGGACAUAAUCUGGGAGCACCUGGACAUGAUGAAGAAAGAGAUGUGCCAGGAAAGAGCAAGGCUUUGUAACGCUCCAUCCAAUCUGUCAGAGUCUAUCUGUGACCAGGAGUUUGCUGACAGAUUCCAGAGAAGUUAUUCCAACGCGUCAGACCAGAGCAUCACAUCUGGGAACAGUGUUGUUUGUCCAUCAUUUUUAGAAGGGAACUUCUCCCCAGAACCCGUCCAUGACACAGUCCCAGACGUGAACAGCCCCAACAACGUGGCUGGCAGCAACAGAACCCCCACCAGCACCAACCACAUGAGCUACGAGGACAAGGACUACUGCCUGUCUGACCUGACCCCCAACAACAACAACCAGUACUACAUGCAGCAUCACUUCCUUGAUGAGCUCAAGCCUUCCUGUGGCCCGCAUAAUUCUGGUGACUACAUGAGAGAUGACUCGAGGGUACCACACUUUGAAAACAGCAUCAACCAUCACCAGCAGUCACACCCACCCCCACCAUUCCCACUCCACAUCAAGUCAGAGAGUAGCUGGUCUAAUGAUUUCAAUGGUGACCAUUGCGAUGCCUUGGGCCACGAGUACAGAAAUCAGAUAGGAAUUCACAGCUACAGGACCAACUCCCCUGAAGGCUCUCCAUCCAGUGAAACAGGGAAACCCAUGAUCCAAGCCGCAGUUCUGGCUGGCUAUUCAGAGUUUUCAAUUCUUCGUGGUCCAGAUGGCAGGGGACUUGGGAGCGGCCCAAUCCAGCUUUGGCAGUUUCUCCUGGAGCAGCUGACUGACAAAAACUGCCAGCACUUCAUCAUCUGGACAGGGGAUGGGUGGGAGUUUAAACUUUUGGACCCUGAUGAGGUGGCUCGGCGCUGGGGCAUCCGCAAGAACAAGCCCAAGAUGAACUACGAGAAGCUGAGUCGGGGGCUUAGGUAUUACUAUGAUAAGAACAUCAUCCACAAGACCGCAGGCAAAAGGUACGUCUACAGAUUUGUCUGCGACCUCCAGAACUUGUUGGGCUACACCCCAGAGGAGCUCUUCGACAUGUGCGACAUCAAACCACAGAAAGACAAGGACGAUGAGUGAAGAAUUUGUGAUACGUUGCUUCAGUAGUGACUUGGGUGUUCACAUCUUUUCAGGCGACAAUUUCUUUCUUGAAAUUGAAUUUGGUUGAUAAAAUUGUUCAGAUGUAACUGGAAAGAUAUCAGACCAUGGUGGUUACGACAAUGUGAAAGCAAUCAGACUGUUUUAUUUGCUUUUGUUUUCUCAAUGGAUUUGUGACCAAAACAUUUACUACACGCAUUGGACGCUGCAGAACACACAAGGAAGGGAGAUAACUAUUAAACUCUUUUGUUGAAAAGAGAAGAAAAAAAAAACAUUUUUUUUUUAAAAAUGCCAGAAUCGGUUUCUGGGAUAAUCUUUAACAGUCCCAUAACAUGCAAACAAAUGAUUAAAAUUCUGUUUUUUGUUUUGUGAUACAACUGGAGAAGAAAAAAUAUUUCUAUUGUUGUCAGUCCCGCAGCAAAUGGCGUCAAUUCUUGUCGUUACCCUAAUGUUGUUUGUGUUACAAUCUUUAACAUAAUUCAAAGAGAGCUUAGAGAAGAAAAUGUUUUAGCACUUGUACACUGUUUUUCCUCAACACUGUUUCAAUAUCAAGUGCCUCCUUGUUAAAUGGCUUUCAGAAUAAUAAUUAACUUAAAUUUAAAGUAGGUAUAUUUGGUUAAACUAGUUAAACGAUAUUACUUAUCUAAUUAAUAUGGUUCAGUACUUAAAAAAGAAAUUUCUACAUUUAAGCAAUGUUUUUUUUUUAAAGAAAAUUACCUGUAUUUUUUAAAAGAAUUGUUGAAACCAGUUUGAAAUGAUAACAUUUAGAACAAACAUGUGUUGAUUAUUAACUUCUGAUGUGUUCAUUCAGUUUUAUAAGAUGAGGUGGUUAUUAAUGUGAUCUCAUGUUUCAGCAGAGUUUUCUACAUGUAUAUAUUGUAUUAGGUGAGGAGACAGACCACUUUCAGAGUUUGGUUUUAUGUAAAUAUUAGUAUUGGGUGACUUUUUUUUUUGUUGCUUUUUUUAACCCUGUGUUGGCCAUGAAGCCGUGUCCACGUGUAAAAUAGAAUUUUUUUUUCUUUGUGAAAAAAUGCAUUGAAAUAUUCAUAAAAUGUUGUCCAAAAUGUGUUGAUUGCAUUUUUUUACUUUAAAAAUCUCUUUAAUUCAUUUAAUAUUUCACACAAAGUUAGUUUUUUUUUUACAUGGGGACAUGUGUUUCAUGGUUGUUAAAGAGUUAAUAUGCAUGAUCAAAAUCUUGUCUAUUUCUUGUAUUUGGUGUCAUCCUGCCAUAUACAUCUUUUAGGUAACACACUGGUUGUUUUUCAAUACAAAAAUACAACAACCCAGACUUCCUAGGUUUACUGUUUAUUACAAUAUAGGUCCUACACUAAUAAGUUAACUUACACUCUAUUCUCUUAUAAAUUGAUACUCAAAAAUCUGUUUACUAUGUAAGUGUUAAAAAUAAACAUUUCUACUACAAUAAUUUGUAAAAACAGGCUUUGGCAUUUAUUAAAUUGGAAUAUUUUUUUCAAAUAAUUUUGUUAAACUUACGUUUUCACCAAAUGUGGUUCAUUUUUUAACGUCUAUAAAAUGCAUUUAAUAAACGACUCGUAUAUUUUUCACUCCAUAACAGCUCUGUGAGGUAUUAUCAGCAAUAAACUAGUCGCUAUGUGCUUUCUCUUUUUACAGUAGUUUUGUUUUUUUGUCACAAAUUAUUUUGCCCUCCACUCCUCAAUAUUGUGUUCAGCAGAAAUCUUUCUGCACUCUUUAACAAUUGGCAUUUGCAUUUUUUUACUGUAGAUCUUUUAGUAUGUUCUAAAUAGUUUGUUUUACUUAAUUAAUUUUACUAUAAGUAGCUGCCAUUUUUUUUACUACUUGCUUUUAUUUAAAUUAAUAAUUUAGAAUAUUGUUAAUUUAUAUAUUUUCUGGUAAUUAGUUAAAAGUUUUGCCUUUAAAAGUGCCUCGUUAUGGCCGCCUUCUCAACAUCAUUUGACUGCCUUAAAUAAAUUUACUUUCAAUUUUUUUUUAUACAAACUGGUUUAAAGUAAAUACAAGUAGAUUGCCUUAUUCUAUCAGAGUACAACUUGUUUUUGUUUUGGCGCAAAGCUUAAAAUUAUAUUCAAGUUUGUUAAGUUUAGUUCUGUUAUAAUCUCUGAAGAUUUGUUUCUUUUUAAAAUUUGUAUAAAAACUGUAUAUCUAAUUGUUUUUAAAGUAUUAGAAAUUUUGAUACAUAUAAUAUAAUGUUGUUUAACUGUUUAUUUUAUGAAAUGAGUGUAAAGAUAAUUGUCCAAUCACUGAAAUAAAUGGUAAAGCUUUUAUAAACAUUUGUUGAGGUUUUUUUAUACAUUGUUUUAAAUAAAUAAUUUUUUACAAUAAAAUUUUUAGUUUUCUCUCAUAUUAAAUUUCUUUCUGCUUUAAUAUGAUUUUCUGACAUACUAUUUUUUUGGAAAACAUUUCCGACAUAAAUUUCAAAAUGUUUGGAAAACAUCUUGUUUCACAUUUCUGUUUUUGAAUAAAAAUAAAAAUUGUAAACACAAUCUAAUAAUAAUUUGGUACAAAAGUUUCUUUUUAAAAUUAUUUUUUUGAUUUGUACAAAUUUGCCAGUUUUCUAUGAGUAAUGUUUAUUAAAAAAAAAAAAAAUUUCAUUGGACAAUGAAUGUGAUGAUUGUAAAUAAAUUUUCAUUUGAUGCUAUUUUUCUUGUUACAAAAUAAAUUCACUUCAACAGUUUGUUGAUUAUAUAAUGUGUAAAGUUUGCUAAGAUCAAGUUAAGAAAACAAAAUUAUUAAACUAGCCUAUUGUACUUUUAUGCAGCAAUUAAAGAAAAAAUCUUUUCCCUUUUUUCUUUUCAGUGUUUCCACUAUCUUUUAUUUUUUGCAUUUUUACUUAUUUAAUUUUAAUAUCCAGCUUAUUAUUUUUUAGAAACUAUUGCCGUAUCAGUUUUAUAAAAUUGAAAAAGAUAUGUAUUUUCUACAGCUUAUUGAAUGCUUUUAAAAAGCAAGAUAAACCCUUUUUAUUUUACACAAUGAAAACUAACUGUAUCUUUAGCAUUAUUUUAAUGCUAAAAAUUAGACACAUUUUAAGAAUCAAUUUUAUUUUUAAAACUUCCUAAAAAAGUAACUUAAAAAAAACAGGUUUCAUAUUUUUUUUUUGCUUUGGUGUCUAGUUCAUUAGCUCUCAUAAACACAAAUAAGUGCAUUGGCUUAUAGCUAAGAUCACUAAAAAAAAAUCAAUAUUUACUUUUCUAUUCUUUUUAAACUAAAAAAUUAUUUUUUCUUAUUUAUUAAACAAAACUUGCUAUUUUAUUUUAUCAAACAAAAUCAAAAUGCAUAGAAAACUAUCAGCUGCUGUUAUAUAUUGCUGCAAUAUUUAUAUUUUCACCACAUUUUAGCAUAAAAAUUGUAAUAACUACAAUCAAUUCUCUAUUAUUUUUUUUAAUGUAAUGUUAUAAACACAUUACAGGCCACAUAAUCACUGUUAUUUUAGCUUGUUAAUCUAGCUCAAUCAGUGUAUAAUGAAUUAAUUUUUUGGUAAAUUGUUGUUGAUAGCCUGAUGGAUGAAUGCCUCAGGUGUUGAACACCAGUGAAGCGGAAUCUCUUAUAGGUUGACCAACCACCCGCGACUGCCAAUGUCACUUGCAUUUAAAAUUUGUAAGCACUACUUUUGCCGUCUAUGUGUUCAUUUUUUUUAUAUGAUCUGUUUCAAAGUUAAAGUACUUACUUUUUGCAUUUAUCAAAAGAUUUUUAGAGUUAAGUGCAAAUAAUGUGCGUAUUAGGCAUUAAUGCAUUAAGCCACCAGAUAUGGUUCAUCAAUUAAUUUACAUUUUAGUUACAGAGUAUAUCUUUUUAUACAUUGUAACAAACUGUACAAAGUAUAUUUUUUACAUCAAGUGGAUAAUAGAUACAAAAUUUAUUUAAACAAUCUCAUAAUCUUACCUACUCAAGAUAAUUUCGUAUCAAGAAGCGUUCCACAUUGAUUUUUAUAAUCAAUGUGGAAAUUUUACAUUUACUAUAUAUGCUUCAUGGCUUACAAUACCUGUUUUUAGAUUGAGAAUAUUGUUUAUUCUAGUAUAUUAUUAUAAUUAUUGAGGCUAAUUAUAUUGAUUCUGAUGUGAGAUGCUUCACGUACAAUAAAUAAAUAAAUCAGCAAAUUUUCACAUCUAGUUUUGUUGUACAUUUUUAAAAUCAAUAGAAGAAUAAUGAAUUAGUGAACCACAAUUACUGGAAAAAAAGUAUUCAUCUUAUUUUUUUAAAGUUAUUCAAAAUUAUUUUUGAAGUGAAUUCAGCAAUUUACAGUCUUUGAGUCAUUUUGUUAAUUACAUAUAUAUUUUGCUUUUCAAAAUGUAUAUGAAAUUUUUUACAAAAAUAUAGCCACUUUAAAAAAUAUGGGAUUGCAAAAUAGCUUGUUAAAGAUUAAUUUAUUUUAAUUUUAAAGGAAAAAUAUAAUUUGCUCUUAGAAAGAAGUAAUACACAAUAAUCUCAUAAACAGCAAGGUAGUUGUAUUAAAUUAUUUAUCAAUAAAGUCUAAGCAAUUUAUUUAACUUUUUUUUUGCCCUUUUAAUGUCUGCACAUUUUUUAAAUUUUUAAAAUUUGAAAUUGUGUGCCCUCUAAUAGGAUGACGUUUGAUGAUGUUACAUUUUUCAAUGUAUGAUUUUUGUACAGGUUUUUCUGAUUACAGUCGAGGAUUGAUUUAGUUUGUUUUUUAACUUGGUGCCUUGAUAAUAAAAUGAUCUUGUACACAUUA